CGGUUCGUUCGCGAACGUCACAACUCUAGUUCAAGCUCAUAAAUGAAUGAACGUGGUAGCGUCUUUUGAACUUGUGUGAGCAAGAACAACAAAACUUGCUUAUGUAAUCAUGUCGAACAGCACUCGAAGUUUUCUCGAAAGCUCUUAUGAUAUCGGUCCAUGUGACUCGACACAGACUAGUUCAAUUGCAGAUGAGCUAAGAGCAGUGAAGGACGGAGAAGUCUGUAUGGUAGAUUUUACGUCAAGCGUUGUUCUGCAGUGCAUGACAUGCAACACAGUGCUUGGAGACUCUCUCGCCAUCUGUGGGGAAGUCCGGAGCCUCCAGAGUAUCAUUUGUUUGAAAGUUUCUGAAGAUGUGAGGGUAAACAAAAAGCUGGAGAUGAGUUUGAAUGGUCAUCUGGCUUUCUCCACCCACCAAGUCCUUUACUGUGCUGGUUGCCAUGGUGCCGUUGGCCUGGUUCUUCACUCCACCCCAGAACACCUGUCUGCUUUACGAAACCUCUUCCUUUUACGAAAAGAACUGAUAAACUGCUACAUGCUAAGAAGUGGUGCACGUGUUAAAGCCUCCAAAAUCAACUUCAAACACAGACUCAUGGACAAAAAUAUUAAAGAGCUGAAGCAGGAUUUAGAAGCUCAGCUGAAGCAGGUGAAGAUUCUGGAAGGAAUGAUGGAGAAAUUGUGCACACACAAUGUAAGCUAAAGCAAUGCUGGCAUGGAAUAUGUAGUGGUUUUGUUCUAACUGCUUAAAGUGUAUUUAUAUUUUUGUAUUAUGUAUUGAAUAACAAUAAAAUUUUUUGGAAAUGUUUAAAAUGAGUGAAAUACUAACUAUAUUGGUUAUUGUAUUUCUUUAUUUACAUUUAUGUGCAGAGAAAGG